CCCAAGUUGAAAUGCGAAUAAUGGCUGUCAUAAUUCGCAUAUAAUUCGUUUCUAUUCAAUAAUCUCAUCAUCGAUCAAUCAAUUUUGUGUUUAUUGUCAUUUUCGCGCAAUCUAACUUCAUUUGCUCCUCAUAAUAAUUGUGUUUUUAAGGGAAUAUCGAUGGAUCAGUACUGUUGAAAUACAUAGUGAUUAUUGUGUUUUUGUGAAUAAAACCAAUUUAAUAGUGGAUCUUAGUGCUUCCCCUUUAAUUAAUUAUUACUCUUGCUAAAUGCAUCUAUAAUAAAUAUGCUAGUGUUGAAGCUUAUCGCCAAUUAUUGUUAAAAUUAAAGGCUUAUUGUUAGGGCUUAGGUCAAACAUUAUUCCAAAUGCAUUUUUGGAUAGAUAAACGUAGUCAGUGCUAUAGUGGUCGUCAUUGAGUGCCGUCUUCUUUAUCGGCAGGGGUGGGUAGAUCGCGCGGUCGUGCGUGCGCGGGCCCGCCGGGCGGCCGCAAGGGCAUGGCGGCGCCCGUGCACCGCUUCGUGCCCGUGGACUGUGCACCCAGACGACCGCGCACACAAAGACAAUAUAACCCCCCACCGGUGCCACCCGUACACACCUCCCGACGGACGGUAGAAGAGCCAAGCAUGUACGUGGAGAUACCGCUAGAGCCACCGCAGCCUACUAUAGCUAGCCUUGCAGCUGCGCGGAGUGUCACCCCAGAUACGCUACUACGUACCGCAGCUCUUGGUUUGCAGCAUUCGCCCAUGAUGGCUCCACAUUUGAAGUUUGGGAUACUUGUGUCGUUAGCACUGGCCACAGUGUUUAUUGCUGGAGCGAAGUACUAUUUCGAUCGACAGGUGAUACACGAAGCGGGCAGCAGCGAGGCGGGCGUGAUGUGCGCGGCGAUGGCGUGCGUGUGCGGGAUGGGGUGCGCGCUGUCGCUGUGCCGCCCGCGCGCGCCGCCGCCGCCCGCCUUCCCGCCCGACCGCGUCUGCUCCACCGGCACCAGGGAUCGGAUGCCGCCCUCCGAGCCCUCAGAGGACAUAUCGCUGGCCACGUUGCUCCAAAGCUCUGAACAGACGGCGGGGCCCUCCUCCUCCCCGGAGGCCCCACCGCCGUACCACAUCGCGGUGUUGCUCCCCGGGCGGGAGGCCCCGUCGCCCCCGCCCCCCGCGUACUCGGCCCUCAGCUAGCUAAACUCGCCUGUGAGCCAGGAGUUUAUCAUAUAAACUGGUACACUGGCUCACGGUGCACCCGGGACCUUGUAGAUUUUCGAGUAGUGCGGGUAGUUCGAUAUUUUUGUUUUCGUUUUUUGAGGGUGUUUUGAUUUUUUUGUUUUUUAUAUUCGAGUCAUGUGUUUUAACAAUCGUUCAAUUGGCGUUGUUAAGACUUGAAUAUUACAAUGUAUUCGCCUAAAAACAUACGAAAUCUAGUCUGAUUAUUUAGUUUUUGAUUUUGCGUGUGUUGGUUUGUUGGUUGAAUCCGUAAGAGUUGCUCAUUCACUAAACUGUUUAAUUGACUACGUUAAAUUAUUUAAAUUUAAGUUUAAAGACUCGUAUACAAUAAAUUUCUUUAUUAAACUUUAAUUGUAGGUAUUAUGAGGGUAUUUAGAAGUUAACGUACCCGAUAGAUUUAUGCAUUUUAUUGAUUAUAAUUAAUUCACAUGAUCUCGGUAUGAAUCUUAAUGUUAAAGUAUUAAAUGUUGAUGAACGCACAAUAUGCAUUUUUAAAGAACAAGCUUUUUUUUUUGAUAAUUGUAUCUUUGAAAAAAGAUAUUUAGCUAGCGAUAAGAAGUUAAAAGAACUGAUAAAAUUGUGUGAACCGUUGUUUUUUUAUUUAUUAUUUUUUAUAAUUAGAAUUUGGAGAAUAACCGAUAUCGACGUAAGUAUUACAAUUUUUAUUUACAUUUUAUAAUCCACAGAUCUCAAUAACCUAUUAGUAAUAACGAAUUGAUUAGCAAUUGUUAAUGGAUAAUUAUGUUUUUUUUUUACAACUACCCUCCGUUUUAAAAGUGCACAAAACGAUGACAAUUUUAAUGAUAUUUGGAUCCUUUUGAUCCUAGGCCAUAAACUAUGCUAUGUGUGUUAGAUUUAGUAAUUAUAAUAUUAAUAUAGGAAAGAGAGAGGGAAGACGUGUAAAUAAGGUACAUUUUCGUAAUCAAAUGGUAAAAAAGUUUGUUUUAUCUAAAAUUUAUUUUUAAUUGUGUAAUUUGUUUAUUAUAUUGACAAUUACUCAUAAAAAUCAUAACUUAAAUUUUUAAACAUGAUAAUAAUAUGUGCUUUGGAGUUUGGUGUAUAGCACUUUGGUUAAAUGCAUUUUAUACUUUACAGUAGAUAUAACGUGAAUAAGUGUGUAGGGAUAUAGCUGUGUGUUCUAAAUUUAAGCGAAAUUGGAGGGAAUGUAACCACUUGAAUUUAUAUUUAUGGCCAAGUCUGAAGCACCGUAUUCAUUCAACAACAUUAAUUAAUGACAAGUGUUAUAUAUAGGACAAAAUGUGUCCUAUGUUGUAAUUUUUUUUUUUUAACGCUGGAUUGAAUUUUGACAUUUAUCAAAUUUCAAUCGCAAGAGAAUAGAGAGUUAAUCGGAAAGGAAUAAUGAAACAGCUGUUGAUUAAUAUUCAUAGUUUUCAUAAAGCCUUAGAUGAUAUAUGAAAUUAACCCCAAUAGAUUUAUAAUAAACAUACAAUGUCAGCUUGUGUUACAAGUUACCAAAAUAAGUUUAAACAACGAUUAUGAAUGAAUAAUGAAUUGUUUUUAUGUAUUUUAUAUUUGAUUAAAAGCAUGUAUAAUAUGUUUAAAAAAAAUAUGUAAUUACUAUUUGUAAACCUACAUUACAUUCCAAUAAAUGCUCAUUUGCACAUUUUAAGUAACUACUAACAUAAAAAAUGCUCUAGAAAUCAUUAAUGUAUCGUGCUUGAUCUUGUUAUAUAGUCAUACGUAUAGUUUUUGCUUAGGGGGCGUCCAUUAAUCAUGAGAGUUGAGAGUUUUUUUUUUUAAUACAAUUAUCUAUUUUCCCAUUCCUUUUUCCUUUUUCCUCUAAUGGAAAAGAAUAAUCGUGAUAUUUGCCGAGAACCCCCCUUCCCCCCUUUUACCCAACCAUAAGUGAGAUUUAACUCGACCCCCACCCCUUAUAGAAUACCUCACGUAAAUAAUGGAUGCCCUCCUUACGGAUGCUUAUAUUUUGACGUCUUAUUAAAGUUAUGUCAAAAUUUAUCGGCGUAAUUAGCGAAAGCCAAAGAACUGCGCACGUUAAUUUUGAAAACAAUUUUAUGGUCACUGGACCAUAAUUAAUCUUAGCAAAGGUAUUCGAUUUUCGAAUCAUAAUCAAAAAAAUUUUUUUAUCCUUUGUAAAGUUCAAAAUGGGUGGCCAAUUUAACCUUAAUUUGUUAUAUGAGCAAUAUUAUAGAAAAUUUAAUAAGCGAGCUUUGACUGUGACAUUCAAAUAUAGUCCUUAUAGGCACUGAUAAAAUAAACAGAACGCCGUCCUUCCUGUAAGACCCUACUUUUAUGAAAAUAAGGACUAUAUUUCAAUGAACUCAUUGUUAUUGCUGUUCCAGUAUGACGGAUGUACAAAAGGAUAUUUUUGCUCACGAUUCAUGUUAGCCUUAUCGUUCGCCGUAUAGAUGACAGAGAUAGCGCGAUUACUCCCAUUCAAAAAGCCAAUGGCUUUUUUUCUACGGCCAAGGUUAUAACAAAUGUAUAAGACUAACGUAUAUAGUCUAGUCAUAGCAAAAUUGAUGUGAUGUAAUUAUUUUAGUACUGUUAUUUUUAUAUUUAUGUACGGUAUAGAUAAAUUCGUCUUUGUAAUGGACGCUUGAAAUAAAUUUUAGUACACG